GCAGUGUGCGCUGGGCCGCAGUGUGCGCUGGGCCGCAGUGUGUACUGGGCGGCAGUGUGUGUGUUGAGUCGUAGUGCGUGGCUUAGCGACAGUGUGUGCUGGGCCGCAUUGUGCGCUGGGCGGCAGCGUGCGCUGGGUGGCAGUGUGCGCUGGGCGGUAGGGUGCGCUGGGCGGCAGUAUGCGCAGGGCGGCAGUAUGCGCUGGGCGGCAGUAUUCGCUGGGUUGUAGUAUGCGCUGGGCGGCAGUAUGCGCUGGGCGGCAGUAUGCGCUGGGCGGCAGUAUGCGCUGGGCGGCAGUGUGUGAUGGGUGAUUGUGUGCGCUAGGAGCAGUGUGUGGUGGGCUGCAGUGGGUGUUGGGCGGCCGGUGAGGGCGGGUGUCCUCGUGUCUGCACUCUCCCACCAUCGUGCGUGUUUACAAGUUUGUUUUGCUGCUAAUUACAUAGUUAGCGUCGUCGCUACAUAGAACAAAAAUUUCAGGUUUAAAGUGUCUUUUCUCUACAUACGUGAAAAUUUGUAUUAUUCCUAAUUAGUUGAAAGUUUGAAAAUAUAUGUUGAAACGCUGUAAAAAAAACUUUGAAACGUUUUAAAAAAAACUUAGUUUUCAUUACGCACAAGAACAUUUUUGUUGCAACUUGAAAUUUUUUUUUUUUUUUUUUUUGCUGCACAGAAUUAAAAUUGUAAAUUAUUUUGAUAUGACACAAGAGCGAUGCCCGUGGGAGGCAGUUCCUCCCGAGAAGCCUAAUUGUUUCUUCGAAAGAAAAUGUUUUUGAGUGGAAAUGAAUGAACGAUUCAUUCGUCUGAUGUAUAACGAUAAGGGGGGAAAUCAGUGUGAGUUAAGUUUCCUCAAUGACAAUUUUUUUUUUAAGAUGGAAGUCAAACGACAACAAACUAUACCGAAUCCAAACUAACUAGGCUUUGUUUGUUGAAAGCAAUUGUUGUUACACAGACAAUGUAAGCUGCCGAUAUGAAUUAUUUGCAUGAAAUAUAAUUUGUUUUUGUUAAUGCAUAAACAGCCUUUCUCUUAUUUACACGACGUAAGAUUAAGUCUGAGGGUCAACACAUAAGGUAUUGUGGCUCUUGGAAAGGUUGAUAAUUCAGGCUUCGCCCCAUAAAUCCUUCACCGGAUUCAAGAAAAGACAUUUUGCUUCUGUGGAUUAAAGUUGUUUACAUUUAAUUUUUUCAAACGUUUUGUUGCGCAAUAUGGUUCAGAAAGAGGACAUAUGAGGGAAGACACGCAGAUUUACUUACUGAGAAUAGCGACCUCACACAUUUAAGUGGCUGAAAUACUACAUUCCACACACUAAGAUUCACAGAAUUACAGACACAGCCUCAUAGACUAUCAACAUAGUCAACAACCUAAAUAACAACCCCUAAAUCAACAACAUAGACUAUCAACCUGUAUUUGUGAGUCUCAGAGACUCAAACAGAAUUGAAAAAUCACUUAAAGUUCCGUUAUGCUGGAAUCAGGUAUUUUUUUUAAUACAAUCUUCAAAUCUGCAUUGGUCACAAAAUCAUUUCUUGCUUAAAAAACAUGAUUCGUAUUAUGUAACGCAAAUAAUACUUUUAUACGGUAUUAUUAUUGUCCCAGUUAAUCGUACUUUCCACGAAAGACUAUUAUUAGAGCUCCGUGGGUCUGGACCACAGUCUUGAGUGAAAGAAGAAAGCAGGUUAAGGUAAUCUCUGAGAGGAGGAGCUAAGCCAUGCGUACUUCGGGACAUUGUGGACUCUAGGCUUAAGUUAACUUGAAGUUAACUCGCUCCAAGCACCGUGUAUUUAUUUGUAUUCGUAAAUUGUGUUUAUGUGUGUGAAGUUUGGCCUGGCUUACAGCGUCGUGGUAUGUGUAUGGUGGUAAGGGCAGCCAUGGACGGAGUACAUACAGCUCGCUCCUGAUAGGGAAACUGAGACGAGUGUCGAAUGAAACGUGGAAAAAAAUAUGACGACUUUUAAGUGUGUAAAGCAAGAAUAAAAGACAGCAUCACGGAACACUGAUCAUAGGAAGAUAGCUUAGUGCUUGCCCUCUCGGUACAUCUAGAACCUCACCCCACCAUCCAAGGUAUACUCAACCGCAUUAAUAUAAUCACCUUGACUGAAACAUACUCAUUUGGGUUCACGUAUACCACCUGGAUUCAUUUCUGGUCAUCUAGGUUCAAGACCACCCAAGUGCACCUGGAUUCAGCUAGCCUCAUUCAGCGUCAUCUGAAUUAUCUUCUGCUUGGCUGACUUCAGCUGGAUUCAUUUGGUUUCACCUGAGCGCCUUAUUACUUUUGCUCAUCGUUACCUGUGAUCCUCGUCACCUGGGAGCCUUGCCACCUGGGAGCCUCGUCACCUAGGAACCUUGCCACCUGGGAGCCUUGCCACCUGGGAGCCUUGUCACCUGGGAACUUCGUCACCUGGGAGCCUCUUCACCUGGGAGCCUCGUCGUCUGGGAGCCUCGUCACCUGGGCGCCUCGUCACCUGGACUCAUCAUCACCUAGACUCAUCAUCACCUAGACUCAUCAUCACCAGCGGCAGAAAGACGUACAGCACAGCAUCGGCAGAAUGUACAGCAGCAACAACAGCAGCAGCAACAGUAGUGUUCCUGCCAAGAUUUACAGCCCCAACAACAGUGGGACUUUCUCUGGUGGCAUCGCCAGCAGGACCAAUAGCCCCCUUCACUGCAGCAAGACCAACAGCCCCCUUCACUGCAGCAGGACCAACAGCCCCCUUCACUGCAGCAGGACCAACAGUCCUCUUCACUGCAGCAGGACCAACAGCCCCCUUCACUGCAACAUCACAGACAAGAUCAAUAGCUCUAAUAACAAAAGAAUCGCAGUGAAAAACGACUCCAACAACAACAUGAGCAGCUCCCAGCAGCAGCAGCAGCAGCAGGAGGUGAGGCCUCCAGCCAGUGUGGUCAACUGCAGCCCUUACGACCACCAGCUGCUGGAGCGCCUCGUCCCUCGCCACAUCACCACAGAACAUGUGGUCUUUAGUCACAAGACGAAGGUCGGAGGCCGCUCCCUGUACUUCUUCAGCCCGGCGGCGAGGGGCGGCCUGACCAAGCCCGUCUUCACCACCAGGGAGAAGCUUAUAUCUAUCCUGGACGGUCCCCCGGAGGACGAGGACGAGGAGAGUGAGGCGCAGCGCGGCGCCUCCCCGGUGCGCAGGCGCAGCAGCAACGCCCUGGGCGGCGGGUCGUCGUCGCCGGGUCGUCAUGGCGGCCGGCGACGGCGGGAAGAGCUCAGCCCAGGGCUUGUGUGUACCAUCAAGCGCGUCCACCUGCGGGACCCCGCCUGCGACCUGGGGGUCAGCGUCUGGCGAGGACGGGGCCCUCAGCGGGGCCUGCAGGGGCCACAGAGGCCCCCUGUGGGUACCGGGCCAGCGCUCCUGGUGGAGGGGCCUGAGAGUGGGGAUGCUGGCGACGGCAUGGUGGUGGCGGCCGGGUACACGGGAGAGGUUAUGUUCCUUCUGCCGCACUCCGUACUCGGGCGCACGGAGCUUGAACCUCGCGCCAUCGAGAUAUUUGUGCAGGAGUCGAUGUUGUGGUGUGUGAGCGAGUCAGUGGUGUGGUUCGUGGUGAGACGCUUCACCAGGCGGAAGGUGCUGCCCAACACCCGCCAACUCUCUCACCAGCUCAACCUCGGCAAGCUCAACCUCCGCUCUCCUGACCUCAAGAAGAUGUCUUGAUGAACCACAAAUGUUAUUCUCAUUAAACUGUGAUUUUAUUGUUUAAAAUUGAAUAAAAGCUUGCAUAAAAGCAUGUGUGUGUGUGUGUGUUUACUAUUUGUGCCUGCAGGAUCGAGCUAUUAGCUCUUGGGCUCCGCCUUUAUAACCGUUGGUUGUCUAAUGUACUGACUCCCGACCUAAUUUUCUUCUGCUUGUCUGUUAUAGAUACUUUUCUCACGCACAUUCCUUGGAUGCUGUCCAUAGCAGCUGUAGUUACUAGGUACCUAUUUACUGCUGGGUGAACAGGAGCAUUAGCUGAAACAAACUCUGCCCUUUUGUUUCUGCCUCGGCUUGGAAUCGAACCUGGGACCUUCGGGCU